AUGGACUCCGACCUGUUUAACAUGUUCUUCGACGAGGGAGUGUCCGGCAGCGAGACUCCGGACGCCAUCGUCAACGCUCUGGAUCUCAGAUUCCCUAACGACGCUGUCGCAUUCUCAGACCUUGUCGGCGGUCCCAACCCAGGCGCUUUCACCAAGGACGCAGAUCUCCAUGAGUUGCGUGGUGGAGAGCAGCCGGCGUCAAAGUCGCUCACCGCUCUGCCUGGUACCAACACUCCGGUUUUCUGCGUUGACCCUGCUUUUCAGCUUCAAUCUCUACCUGGCAGCGCCUUUGACAUCGCAAAUAGACUGCCGGCUCCGUCUCUCAGCUCGAGCAACGUCCUCACCCGGCUUGCUCGCCUCAACGAGGGCAUCGCCGAUCAGCUUUCGCACAUAGAUACUUUCGUUUUGGGCAUUCCCCCUCCAAAUCUCCUCUAUUCAUGUGUUGACAAGGUCGGGGAUUUGCAGGCCAACCCUCUCCUCCGGGCGCUGGAGAGUACAUCUGAAUUGACUGCCAUUGCCAACCAAAUCAUCUCGCCGAUCCAGGACCACAGCUCAUCGCCUUUGAACACACCGGUCGUGCUCAUGUGCUUGUCUGGCCACAUACAACUGCUGCAGGUAUACAACUCCAUCUUUGUUCACGUCCAGCGGUUCUUGAGCGGCCUGCAUGAUGUCCUCGGCUUCUUUGAGAAUUUUCCGGGGUUCACUCAUAUCAGCGGCCUACCGCCCAUCAAGGGCGACUUGUAUAUCAAAAUCGUUGUUCAAGUGGCCCAGCACAAUAUCAGUGCCGUCGAACGAGUUAUGGGCCUCCCGGCUGCGUUCUGCCUUACAGCGCAGCGGACGUCCUCAAACAGCUUAUUCGGCUACUUAGAUUCACCUGACUCAUUUCAAAGCAUCAUGGACCAGGCUUGCAAUCCCUCUGAGAAGUCAGCACGAGCCCUCGCCGCAUCCUUGCGAACAAACAUCAGAAAUGUGCUAGGUCUCCUGAGAGAUGAUGACCAGUUUAUGCCGGCAGUUGGUUUUGAAACGCCCGAACCAAGCUAA